CCACCCUGCCCUGCCCUACUGCUCACCCACCAGCGCCCAGCUGCGAUCGCACCAGCUAGCCGCCUGCCUGCCUACUACUACUCCACUUCCCCGCAAAGUCCAAGCGCGGCAGUCAAACGCGACGAGGAGGCGCGGCACGGCAGCCAAAUGCGCGCGUGAUCCCCGAGGGGCCGGCGAUCCGUGCUGCAAUGGGCCGCCAGAUCGACCUCUCCGGCGCGGAGAUCCGCGCCGACCCCGGCGACGGCAGCCCGCCCAUCUUCCUCCCCCGCCAGCCCGCCGCCUCCCCGCUCCUCGCCCUCGACAUCGGAGGGACCCUGAUAAAGCUGGUGUACACGGCCAGCUGCGGCGGCGAGGAGGAGCUGCGGUUCGCCAAGUUCGAGAGGCGGAGGCUCGACGACUGCUUCGACUUCGUCCGGGCACAAGGCCUCCUCGGUUGCAAUGGGACAACGACAGGGUCAAGCAAAGAAAAUAUGACACUGAAGGCAACAGGUGGUGGAUCAUAUAAAUUUGGUGAUGAUUUUCGGCAAAAAUUAGGUGUUAGUCUUGACAAGCUUGAUGAAAUGGACAGUGUUGUUUCUGGAGCAAACUUUUUGUUACAGAAUGUUCCUGGCGCAGCCUUCACACACAUGAGUGGAAAGAGGAACUCGAUUGAUAUUUCCCCAGAUAACUUGUUUCCUUACCUUCUUGUGAACAUUGGCUCAGGAGUUAGCAUAUUAAAGGUCACUGGAAAUAGAAAAUUUGAAAGGGUAACUGGGACACAUAUUGGUGGCGGUACUAUGUUUGGGUUAGCAAAACUAUUAACAGGCUGCAAGAGUUAUGAUGAAUUCCUGCAAUUAAGCCAGAAAGGGGACAAUUUUGUACUUGAUCUAGUUGUGAAGGAUAUAUGCGGGGAGCUUGCCUGCCAGAAGCAAGGACUGUCAACUUCGACUCUUGCUUCUAGCUUUGGAAAAGUUAUUACUUCUAUGAAAAAGCUAGCAGAUUACAAGCCUGAAGACCUUGCAUCCGCAUUGUUGAGUGCCUUUACUUACAAUAUUGCACAAAUUUCUUUUCUUGUUGCAUCACUCUUGGGCCUCAGAAGGGUCUUUUUUGGUGGAUCAUACAUACGUGGACACAAGAGCACAAUGGAUAAUAUUUCUUAUGCACUAGACUUCUGGUCAGAGAGUCAAAUGCAAGCUUCAUUCUUGCAACAUGAAGGGUAUUUAGGUGCUCUUGGUGCCUUGAUGAGUUACGGGGAUCCCAGAGAUGAAAACUUGAACCUCGAGGAAUCUCAAGAGGAGAACAGUCAUGAGGCAGCAGGUCCUUCUGAUGUGACAUCAGCAGACGAACACAACGAUAGCAACAUAUUUCCUUAUCUCCUUGUUAAUAUUGGAUCUGGUGUCAGCAUGAUAGAGGUAAUUGGUAAGGGGAAGUUCGAGCGAAUUAUCGGAUCACAUCUGGGUGGUGGUACUAUCCUUGGUCUUGCAAGGCUUUUAACUGGCUGUUCAAGUUAUGAGGAAUUCUUGGAUUUGAGCCGGAGGGGUGAUAAUUUGGCUGUUGAUUUGACUGUUGGAGACAUUUAUGGGGAGCGUGGUUAUCCAAAGAUUGGUCUUCCAGCAUCCACUACCGCAGCAAGCUUUGGAAAAGUGAACUCGGGCAAACUUUCAGAGUACAAAGCAGAAGAUCUCGCAGCAGCUCUGCUCAACUCUUUCACAUACAACAUUGGACAGAUAGCCUACUUUGUGGCUAAUCUAUCAGGCCUAAAGAGAAUCUUCUUUCGAGGUGCUUAUGUCUGUGGUCAUGAGAAGACUAUGGACAAGAUUUCUCGUUCCCUCAAGUACUGGUCCAAAGGUGAAGUUCAAACGACAUUUCUGUGUCACGAAGGGUUCUUGGGAACCCUAGGUGCAUUCUGGAGUUAUGAGAACAUGGGCAUUGACGGCUUGGCAUCACAUGAAGUCAUUAGGGAGGUCUUGCUUGGUGCUCCCUACACCGGGCAGUUCCCAUCUUCACCAUUGACUCCAGAGCAGGAAAAUGGGGGAAACACAACCGCUGAAGCUGAGGUGGAGAGGCUGCGGCGUGACAAUGCAGUUCUGAAGUCCGAGCUUGAACGGUUACAAAGGGAGAAUGCAGAGCUGAAAGCCAAGUUAGUGAAAUCCGAUGAAGCGGCUACCUUGUAAAGCAAUAAAAGGCCAAAGCAUGUCUCCAUGGUAAAAAUAACAAGAUAGUGAGAUGUGGGGGCACAAACAGCCUCAGCUUGUUGUAACCUGUAAUAGUCUUGGCGCUGGUUCAAAGGUUGUCUACAGAAAUAGAAUUUCCCAUAGGUAGUUACCCCAAAUUAGGGCUGCUCAUAUAGUGAGUUCAUGUUGUAUGUUUAUCUUUAUUUUGUAUACAAGUGUGUUUGUAUCUAUUUCAUUUGUGUAGGCUUUAUUGUUGUCUUGUAAAUAUGGAAGCAGUACUCUAAAAGUCUAAAGUAAUCAAUAAAAUCAGUUCUCAUAAUUUA